AUGGAGAUAUGGCCUGAGUCAACAAAUGCAAAAGUUGAACCACCUCCUGUUAGAACAAUGCUCGGAAGGUUGUUUACUUCUGUUAGCUUAUGUUGUUUGGGACUGUUACCAGAAGUUAAUUUUAUCAGCUGUUUGGGACAGUUAGCUUCAGGAGUGGCCCACUCACAAAAAUCAACCUCUAAAAAGAGAUCAAAGGCUGACUCCCAAGCAUCUACUAGUAAGAAGAAUGCUAAAACUAAGGGUGGUUUUAGAAGUGCAGCAAUCUCAGGCAAUAGAGGCGCUCUUACUGCAUUUAAGAGGCCAAGAGUAGUGGGACAUGGAGUAUUUGUCAGCAAAAGUGGCUAUACAUGUGUUGAGCAAGGGAGGCAUGUUAGUAGGGUAAUCGAUAGUGGAAGCAACAGUGGAGCACUUGAAAGUUCAGCUGUAGUGACUAGUGAUCUUGGUUAUAAACCAAGUAAAGGCUUGAAAUGGAAGGGAAAACAAGCAAUCACAACUAGACAACUUCAACAUAAAAGUGCUUUACUAGAAUAUUUAAGCUUUGUAAAGGCAUGUCGCCAUGCUUUUGAUUCUGAGAAAAAGAUCAAAUUUGAGUGUACCACUUGCAACAAGAGCUUUCACUCUUACCAAGCUCUUGGUGGUCACAGAGCAAGCCACAAAAGGACUAAAGACUGUGAAAAUAUUAGUAUAGAGAUUGAACAUAUGCAAAAUCAAGCUGCUGAUAGCAAGCUCACAAACACAAAGAAUAGCAGCAAUGACAGUACAAUUGAUGAAUUUGGUGUAAAGGUUGAGACAAGUUUUGUGUCCGAGAAACAAAAGCAACAGCCAAGUUCAUGGUUACACAACACCUACUAG